AUGCCGCCUUCAUUUCACCCCCAGGCCAAGUUUGAUCCAAUACCUCCGGACUUGGACCUCGAUGGCCUGGUUGAUCGAACACCGAAUUUUAAAUGGGUCCAACGAGUCACCAGGAGCCAGAUCAGGAACCUAGGCCAACGAGAAUUUGAGAAAGUGGUUCUGAUGCACGUUCUCCUCGGUGGGAAGCCUUUGGUUAUCGGGAGGUGGAAUGACGUCCUCCCCAAUUGGCUUUUUAAUGUAAAUUGGCUCGAGAAGACAUAUGACAAGAAGGAGGAGAAUGUGCGUGACAUUGGCACCGGGUCCGACAUCCCUAUGACUACUGGCCACUACCUUCGAUCGAUGAAGACGCUGGCGAACCAGUGGACACCAACCAACUUCCGGGAUGAGCGACGACAGCGCCUGUACCUCAAAGAUAUCGACUGCCCUGCCGAGUGGCAUGAUUCUUUACGGAAGAUUAUACAUCCAGCUCUCUUCUACCUUAACGAGAAUGUCGCUGGCAAUGAUCCCAGCUUGAACAACAUCUUCAGGAGCGAGGCAGAAACUGCACCCGUCGGGGACUUGAUGUCUAGCCUGCCGCAAGAAAUGCGGGCGCAAAACCUAAUGUGCUAUAUUGGCCACGAAGGCACAUAUACGCCUGCACACAGGGAGAUGUGUGCAUCCCUUGGUCAAAAUAUCAUGGUGGAAGCUUCCGACGGCUCGGGUCCAAAUGAGAAGCCAGGAAGCUCGAUAUGGUUCAUGACUGAAAGCAAGGAUCGCGAGGUUGUUCGCGAAUACUUCAUGUCCAUUCUGGGUCACGACAUUGAGGUUGAGAAGCACUUUGCACAGAUCAACGCUUGGAAAAAGGCACCAUUUGACGUCUACAUUGUAGACCAGCGCCCGGGCGAUUUCAUUCUCAUCCCACCCUUAGCUGCGCACCAAGUCUGGAACAGGGGAACCCGGACAAUGAAGGUUGCAUGGAAUCGAACUACUGCCGAAACUCUUGACAUGGCCCUACACGAAGCUCUUCCGAAAGCACAACUUGUUUGCCGAGAUGAACAAUACAAAAACAAGGCCAUAAUUUACUACACCUUGUCUAAAUACCACAAGAAGCUCCAGGUCCUAGAGGAAAACGCCGAACAGGCCCAGGUAAAUUUUAUGGGCCUUGGCCAAGAUAUUGUCAAAAGCUCGCCACGCGCCAAACAGUUGGCCGAUGACUUCAAGAAACUCUUGGGCUUGUUUACUGAAAUAAUCAUGGACGAGAUGUUUGCAUACAAGGUAGACAAAGUCGAAUUUCUCGAGUACGACUCGUGCGUCACCUGCUCAUACUGCCGAAGCAAUAUCUUCAAUCGCUUUCUGACUUGCAAGAAUUGCGUUCGGCCUUUGAUCAAUGGAGAAGAAGAUGCGUAUGACAUCUGUAUGGACUGUUAUGCUAUGGGACGCUCCUGCGCUUGCUUAUCGAAGUUGCAGUGGUGCGAGCAGUGGUCCUGGUCUAAACUCGUGGCCAAUUACGAGAGUUGGCGGGCCAUGGUUAUCAAGAAUGACGGCUUCGUGGACUUCGAAAGUUCCCCCCAGCCUCUUGAAGUUGCGCGGCAACGAGCAGCGAAGAAAUCACUCGCGCAGAUCUGUCAAGAGGCUCUGAAAAGACGGCCGUGGAAGGACAUUACCAAACCAGAACGCGAGAAGACACCGAGUGAUUCCGAACCAGGCGUAGACGACGAAAGGCCUAAGAAGAAACAUAAGCGAAAGCAGAAGAAGGGAGAGCUCCGACGGUGCCAUGUUUGCUGUCACAAGGACUAUACCUAUCGACUUCACGAGUGUUCAAAUCCAGGCUGUUCGGAGGCCUAUUGCUACGGCGUGCUUUACAGGGCUUUUGGCAUGAUGCCUCGAAAAGUUCUCGAGGAUGAACAAUGGCAAUGUCCGAAAUGCCAGGGCAUCUGCAACUGCGGUGCCUGCCGCCGGGUAGGCAAUACAAUUCCUUACAUGCCCAAGAACACAUUGCUUGGGCACGACACUCGUUUAAUUGCCGACGACCGCAGUGUCGAGGCACUUGUUGAUUUCCGAUUGCACAAUCUGUCUUGGCUGAAGGCCGCCGGAGACGACAGCCGGAGCAAGGAUAGCAAGAGGAUGCAGCGUCUUAGGGAACAAGCCAAUGACGCUAAGGCUCAAGAUGCCACGCAUAAUGAAGAGGCUCAGAUGGCAAUACGAGCCCACGGUGACCCUAAUUCCUUGCGAGAUGCUCACGCCAACGGCGCCAGUGCUCAAAGCUACGGGGACCAAAGUCAUGUCCUUGGCAGCCAGGAGGAGCCUCCCACCGCCGACUACCCACCGAACGGGUUUGGCCACUUCAGGACAGCGGUCAUGAAUGGCGACAACGAUCUCUCGAUGACAAUGGAUGCACCCUUUGAAGAAGAGCAAAACAACUCACUGUACCCGGAUCCGCCCAUGGCCGUGCGCCAGCGCGUCGGCAUGGGCUACUACGAACAGGAUGAUACGCCGGACAAGAUUCUGUUUGAUCCUUACCAGGCUCCGAACCCUGAUGCCAUGCGUCUAGACGAGCCCGAGAUAUCUGAGUUUGUAAAGAAGACCAUACGGGCUGCUAAGAGGAGAGCGCGGAGAGAAAACGAGGAUCCCGAAUUCGUCGUUGGUAAAUACGCAAGGAGACACCGUCCACCUAGGGGACCAGCACCUCAGCCCGACACGCAGCCUGACCCUCUGGACAGUAUGGACCCAGCCUUGUUCGACGAGGAACUGCCAACGCCAGAUGGUGCAGCAAGCCAUCCAGUUGCCGAACCAGAUCCCGCACAGCAGGAGGGACAGCAUGCCCAACAUGUCACAGACGCCGAAGCUAAAUCGCGACGUCCUAGGGCGCAGAGUGGCCGAACGAUGCCCCAAUAUGAUCCAAACGAGCCUAUUCUACGACAUGCAAAACCUCGUAUACCAUACGCUGAGCGAGAGGAGGAUGAGAUUGAGGAGGUUGAGGUGGGACAGCCCACUAAGCGUAGAAGGUCCAACGGUGAAAAGGCACCAGAUUCUAUGGACAUUGAUACCGGGACGGGCCAGGAAUCUCAAACGGAUCAGGGGCCUCGGACGGGUGGAAUACUCGAGCAACGUCAACCUGAGACAGAGCCGCAAGAGCUAGCGCGCACGAGGAGCGGACGCCCUACCAGAUCGGCUGUCAACUACGAAGACGGGAGUGAUGGGCGAGAUACAUCACCAGGGUAUGGGGAGAAGCCGAUGUCUAGACGGCGCGGACGUUCCCGAAAAAUCGGCGUUUCCACUGUUCUAGGAGCUUCUGCAGGCCAAAAGGCUGAUGAAGAUUCAUCUUCCGACGAAGGCUCAAAUGCCCGCCGCCCAAGAGGUCGCCCGCCCAGAUCGCAGGCAGCAACGUCGAGGACAGGCUCGGCCAAGGAAGAUGCUGUAUUGCCGUCGCGGGGCAUGCAGCUUCUCUCCAUGUCCGAACGCAUGGCGUUGAAGGGCAAGAAAUUCAAAAUGGGCAAGCGUAAGUCACCAGGUGCCGACGAACGAGGGUCCCUCUACGCCAAACGACAAGUCGACAACUACUACUCCAAAUACCCGGUCCGCGACAUCAAGGCCUUCUCAGCAGGAACCCGUAUCGACUCCAAAGGACAGGACGAAGAAUGCAGGUGGCUCACGACGCAAGUCUGGUAG